GAUGUGCUGGAUAAAUCAUCAAAUGGAUUUACAAUGAAAUUUGGUACUAGCCAAGUGGUUGUCCAAGCCAGUCCAUUAAAAGUAGAUCUGUACAGCCAUGGGCAACUAGUUGUUAGUACCAAUGCCCGUGGCCUUUUGAAAUUUUGAACAGUACAGAAACAAAGUUGAAAAUGAAAAUCCUCCUCAAGAAGGGGAGGAGCAACCAAAUAUGUUGCUGGAUGAUGAGGAAGAUAAGGACGGCCUUUGGGAAGAGACAUUCAAAGGCCACACAGACUCGAAACCAAAUGGUCCUGCAUCUGUUGGAAUGGACAUAUCUUUUGUUAAUUCCAAACAUGUGUAUGGUAUCCCUGAGCACGCCGAUUCUUUUUCUUUGAAAGAAACAACAUCCACAGAUCCGUAUCGAUUGUAUAACCUGGAUGUCUUUGAAUAUGAAGUGGAUAAUCCCAUGGCCUUGUAUGGGGCUGUUCCUGUAAUGGUGUCUCAUACUGCUCAGCAAACAGUUGGUAUUUUCUGGCAUAAUGCUGCAGAAACAUGGAUUGAUAUCAAGAAAUUGCCAGACACUAAUGUAGUGUCAUCUAUAACUGGGUUUUUCUCAGGUGGCGACUCAGACCCUCCUCAAGUCUCAACACAUUGGUUUUCUGAAUCUGGGAUAAUUGAUUUGUUUGUCAUGCUUGGACCAAGGCCUACAGAUGUCUUCAGGCAGUAUGGAGAGAUUACUGGCAACAACCCCCUUCCACCGGUAAUUGUAACUCUCACUGUGACCCCUAUCUCUAAGACAACUGAUUUACUAAACUGUUUUCAAAGAAAAUAUUACGUUUCAGUUUUAUGUAUAUAGAUUAGAUUUAAAUUG